GGCUAAGGACCCAAACAACAUGUAGCGGAAAUGUUUGGGAGCAUGAAGUAAACAUUACAGUCAACGCUUAAACUAUCUGACUUUCCAGCUCAUUCAGACUCCUCGGAGCGGACACAAUGAGCAGUAUGUCCCCUGAGGUCGCACUGCACCGGAUAUCACCGGAGCUGCGGCCCCUGCUGUGCAGCGUGGUGCGGGACGGCCGUGUGGGACUGGACUCCACCAACUGUCUCCGUGUCACAGACCUCAAAACUGGAUGCACAUCUCUGACUCCUGGUCCCUGCUGCGAUCGCUUCAAACUUCACAUCCCCUACGCUGGAGAAACCCUCAAAUGGGAUAUCAUAUUUAAUGCACGGUAUCCAGAAUUGCCUCCAGAUUUUAUUUUUGGAGAAGAUGCCGAGUUUCUCCCUGAACCUUCUGAAUUACCGCACUUGGUCCAGUGGGAUGCUGGAAACCCAGAAUGUUUGCUCCAGCUGGUGAAGGAGCUUAUCCAGCAGUACCACCACUACCAGUGCCAGCGUCUCCGCGAAAGCUCCAGGCUGCUCUUUGAGUAUGACAGUCUGCUGGAGGAUCCUGACUACGGCCGCAACAUGGAGAUCUAUGCUGGACACAAGAACAGCUGGACGGGAGAGUUUUCAGCCCGUUUCCUCCUCAAACUCCCUGUAGACUUCAGCAACAUCCCCGUCUAUCUCCUCAAGGACACAGCGCUGGACCCUGGAGAGGAUGUGGCCCUUCUCUCAGUGAGCUUUGAGGAUGCUGAGGCUACCCAAGUCUUCCCUAAACUCUACCUUUCCCCAAGCAUCGAACAUGCUCUGGGAGGCUCCUCUGCACUUCAUAUCCCAGCAUUCCCCAGUGGAGGAUGCCUAAUUGACUAUGUCCCUCAAGUGUGCCAGUUACUCACCAACAAGGUGCAGUAUGUCAUCCAAGGCUAUCACAAGAGGAGGGAGUACAUCGCUGCAUUCCUCAGCCACUUUGGAACGGGAGUGGUGGAGUACGACGCCGAGGGAUUCACAAAACUCACACUUCUACUCAUGUGGAAAGACUUUUGCUUCCUAGUGCACGUGGAUCUCCCGCUGUACUUCCCCAGGGACCAACCCACCCUCACCUUCCAGUCUGUUUAUCACUUCACCAACAGCGGUCAGCUCUAUUCUCAGGUGCAGAAAUCGUAUCCUUACAGCCCACGCUGGGACGGCAAUGAGAUGGCCAAGAGGGCAAAGGCGUACUUCAAGAGCUUCAUCCCUCAGUUCCAAGAGGGAGCCUUCGCCAAUGGGAAACUCUAGUACCCUCUAGCUUAAAUACAUGCCUGGAGAGUUGCCUGUGGGAGUAUGUAUGCGAGCGUAUGUGUGUGUGUGUGUGUUUGCUCAUGCUAUUGUGUACCUGUUUAUGAGUAUGCAGACUUACAUAUGUGAAAUGUACUGCACGGUACCAGUACAGUGAGAAUGACCGUGUGCUUGCUGCACACAGACUCUGCGAAUUCCACACUGUUUGACCUUGAGAUGGUUGGCUCUUAUUCAGUACCUUCACUUUUCAUUAUAGUUGUAGUGAGAAGACACUCUGCUGCAGAAGUUUAGAAUAAAUUGUCCAGGCACCGCAGCAUGCUACAGCUAAAACCUUACAAAAGCUAAAACUCCCACAAAAUCUCUGAAAUGAGCUCAGAAUUUGUGUUGUAGACAUAAAUAACUAAUGUCACAAUAAAGUUCCUCUACUUCUAAAGGAUUAUGUGAAAAUAGCAGACACACAAACAUUAUAGAAAUAGAAAAUCUAUUAAAAUCUGACGGGAACUAGAUGUGCGUACAAUCUGUCUCUCUUACCUGACGAUAACUAGUAUUGUAUUAUUGUUCUGUGCCAAUGACACCUGGAUUCAAGCAGUCAAACCACAAAGGGUUGGGCUCACAACACUCCAAUCAGAGAUGGCGUGCUGUGAACAGUUAUUUGUUGAUAUGCAAACAAUAUGUAAACCAUUAACUACAUGUAAAUCUCAAAGAGCUGCGAGCACCUGUGUUGACUGUUUAUCUUUGUCACACAUAUGAUUGUCAAGUUUGGUUCCACUGUUCAUGUUAAAAUGAUCUCCAGCUUGUCUUUUAGUGAUCACAAUACUAUGUGUGUUCAUUCUGACCAUUAAAAGCCAUGCGAAGUCUUUAACUGACAUGUCGACAGUACUGUAAGUUACUGAGGAAUGUGUUCUUUUGUCAACAUUUCUAUCCAGUAAAGAAGUGUGUUUCCCCUGA